CGUAGUCAAAGUCGAUGAACCAUGUCGAAAAUUUUAUUUUUAUCGAUUUUAAAUUUUUUUCACACUGUAUCAUAAUAAUCUAACUUUUAGAUUAUUAUAUUGUACAAUAUUAAUCAUAACGUCGGUGAAGCAAAACGCAGAAAAACGCAGUAGCAUAAGGAAAGGGAGAGGCGGGAGGGGGACUUCAAUGGUGCUUGUUCUUUUGCCGGUACUGAUUGGUGCAGCCGUGGUGGGCAUAGCAAGCGGCGGUCAGUACGGCGACUACGCCGCAGCCAAGAUGCCUCAAUACGCCUCCGACGAGUACCAUGACGCGGGGAGAGAAGUCGCUUCUUCUGGUGACGAUUACCAAGAUCGAUCCCCCGAUGUACCCGCAUCUCCCGAUUAUAAGUAUGAGGAAAAUUUAAGUUUAAGAACGAUGAAUACAAGGAACGAUGAAGAUUGGCGAAAAUCAACUAAAAAAAUGCCCAGAGGUUUAAGAUCUGAUGUAAACUCGCCUAUAAAACAUCCAAACAUACAUAAUCUAAAUUUUAAAAAUAAUCAAAAAUCUAAAACUGCCCGCCCUCGUUCAAAAUCUAGGAAAACUGGUAGAAAAUAUGAAUUAAAUAGAAAUCCUUUAAGGAGCGGUCGUAUUAGAAGCAAUGAUAUUAUUGAUAAAGAAGUCGAUUAUAUAAGUGAAGACCGAUAUCGGGAUCGCUUUGAAACUGAUAAGACAUCAGUAACGAGCGAAAGAAUUGUGAGACGAAAGCCGAGAGAUCGAGCUGUUAACAAACCUGAAGUUGAGAUUGAAGAUUUAGAUGACGACGAAGAGGACGAAAUUAAAAAUGAACAGGAAGAAACAAAGAAUUUAGAGUACCCGGCGUCAGUAGAUUCAAUUCUUCAAGAAAGGCUCGGUGAACAGUUCGAAGGAAGGGAUGAAAACUUUCAUAUCCAGCGUCCAACGCCGUUACAGAUCGAGGACGAUAUCCUUGGUCGACUAGAUUCUAAGAAGGAGGACCAGAAAACUGCAGACGAAUAUCAGGACUAUUACGAUAUGAAACGAGUUAAAAACAUUAAGAAGAAAAUUACUGUACUUUAUCGACGAACCAAAGCGAGGGCGACGGGGUCAACCACGUCGCGUCGAGUGCGAGUGUGGACAUACCGAAGCUCCUACGUUGACCGAUACGCUACUCCCAUAAAUGAGGAAGUAAUGUUUAGAGCCACCAGGAUCAGAACUACUAAACGAAGGAAACCUACAGCAAGAACACUAAAAAAAACAGUCUCACCAAACAAGUUAACUCGUACAAUGAAACCCGCUAAGACAACAAAAAUCACCAAAUCAACUACUCGUACACAACAUACAGAAACCACUACGCAUACAAAUGCGACAAUUAAAAAAUCUGAACAAUUAGUAUACAAUGCCAGUGAGUUAUCGUUGGCGGAGAAAUCUAGAUUGUCGAUACUAAAGAAGGCUCAGUUGAAAGAUGGCGAAGUGGACAAGAGCAUUACGGCCAAACCGCCAGUACUUAUGCAAGUGACACAGAAGAUGCAAACAAUGGUGAUGUUGGAGCCACAGAAUAAAGGAGCUAAUUUAGAAUUGAAAGGAAAAUUUGGUAACUUGGUCAGUGAAGAUACACCAGAAAGGUUGGCUCGCGCUAAAAGGAUAAUGCGCCGUCGUUUAGUCUCUGGAGCUCGUAAUAUCCAUGACCUCACCGACAACUGGGACGAGAUGGUGUGUGACUACCUCGAUAUGGCCGAGCUUGAUGGUACAACAACAAACCACCUCAACAAGCCUCUAUUUCUGAUUACCUUUUUAUAUUUCGUUUUUACUAUUUUUUCUCUAUUUUGAUGUAUUUUAUACAUAUCUAAUCAAGUUAAAGAUCAGUCUUUGAAUAUACAAUUAAAAUAUA